AUGCUACUCUAUCAGUGGAAUGUCCUGGAUGCAGUGCUACUGGUUCUGGUGCAGGGCUGGGCACAGUCCAUGAGUCAGGAGUAUGAUUACUACAGCUGGCCUUCUGAUAACUUUCAGCAUGGACGCUUCUAUACCAAGCAACCACAGUGUGUAGACAUCCCAGCUGACCUGCAGCUCUGCCACAAUGUGGGUUACAAACGCAUGCGCUUACCUAAUCUGCUGGAGCAUGAAUCUAUGCCUGAGGUCAAGCAGCAAGCCAGCAGCUGGGUACCUCUGCUGGCCAAGCGAUGCCACUCAGACACACAAGUUUUCCUGUGCUCUCUAUUUGCACCCGUCUGUCUGGACCAGCCCAUCUAUCCAUGCCGUUCCUUAUGUGAAGUUGUCCGUGAUUCAUGUGCACCUGUCAUGGAAUCCUAUGGCUUCCCCUGGCCUGACAUGCUCAACUGCAACAAAUUUCCCUUUGACAACGACCUGUGCAUCACAGUACAGUUUGGAAACAACCAAGCUACUCAGCCACCAGUGUCACAGAUCUGCACCCAGUGCGAGAUGGAACACAAAGCGGAUGGCAUCAUGGAGCAGAUGUGUUCCAGUGACUUUGUGGUGAAGAUGCGCAUCAAGGAGAUCAAGAAGGAAAAUGGGGAGAGGCGAUUAGUGGCCACUCAAAAGAAAAAAAAACUGCUCAAAGUGGGGCCACUGAAACGCAAGGACACCAAAAAGCUGGUGCUGCAUAUGAAGAAUGCAGGCACAUGUCCUUGUCCUCAGCUUGAUGACCUCAGUGGCAGCUUUCUGGUUAUGGGUCGAAAAGUGGGUGGGAGACUGCUAGUCUUGGCCAUUUACCGCUGGGAGAAGAACAACAAGGAGAUGAAAUUUGCUGUCAAGUUCAUGUUCUCUUAUCCAUGUUCCAUGCACUAUCCAUUCUUUUAUGGAUCAGACCCCCACUGAAUGCCCCCCCCUCACAAAUAUCCUUCUUCUGUGGGCAGGCUGACAUUAAGAUGCAAGUUGUUAGAGCCCAUCCUUCCAACAAUUUGGUUUUCCACAGGACAACUUGGAUUUAAUUAAAAAUCUUCAUAAGAAUUCUGCCCAUUGUUGAUACUCAUCUCACUUCAGAGAGCUUACAGAAAUGCCUCCUUAUCCUCAAUACACCAUCAGCUGCCAAAUAAGAACAGUCUUUGUGGCUGUGAGCAAUAACAUCAUCAGGCCCAGUG